AUGGCACCGUUCGCCCUUGUUUCUGUCGCGUCGCUCGCCAUCCUGAGCAGUGCGGCCGCCCGUGACAUCUUUGUCUCUCCCACCGGCACUGGCACCGGAACCCUAGACGCCCCGUUUGGGUCCAUUCAGUCUGCUGUCACUGCCGCCACGGCCGGUGAUACUAUCUAUCUCCGAAAGGGCACUUAUGCGCCGUCAGCGAACAUACAGAUUGGAAAGAGUGGUACUAGGACGUCUCCAAUCAGUAUCCGGCCUUAUCAAGGCGAAAAGGUUAUUAUCGAUGGCGAAAACAUGCCUGGAACCCCCAAGGCCCUGGACGAAGCUUUGCCCAACCCCGAGCGAGGUGUCUUUCACAUUCAGAACGCAAACUAUUGGGCAAUCUACGACCUCGAAAUCAUCAACGGUCCCUACGGCAUCUAUGCCCGUGAUGCAUCUCACAACUACUACGACGGUCUGUCGACCCACGACAACUACGAGACCGGCUUCCAGCUUGAAGGAGCUUCCGCCAACAACACCGUUGUGAAUCUGGACUCGUACCGUAACCGUGACCCUCGAAAAAACGGCGAGAGCGCCGACGGAUUUGCGUGCAAGUCGGGCUCGGGUGAGGGCAACGUUCUGCGCAAUGCGCGGCUCUGGGACAACGUCGACGACGGUCUGGACCUGUUCAUGUUCGCUAGCCCCGUCACUAUAGAAGAAGUUUACGCCUGGGGAAAUGGUUAUAACCGCUGGGGCUUUUCUCCCUUUAACGGGGAUGGCAAUGGUUAUAAGCUGGGCAUCACGGACAACCCGCCCGCCAACCACGUCAUCCGCAACUCGAUUGCUUUCGGCAACUACAAGAAGGGUUUCAUCGACAACGGCAACCCAGGUUCUCUGACGUUCGAGCGUAACACGGCUUGGAACAACGGCGACACGGGCUUCCUCAUGCGCAGCUCGUCUUCCAAAAUGACUGGCAACAUUGCCGCUGUCAAUGUGGGCACUGCACAAGUCAGUCUCGUCAGCACCGUGACCGCGUCGGGUAACUCGUGGAACUCAGGAACUUGGUCCAACAGCUCAUUUGUCAGCGUUGAUGCCUCGAUCCUGAAGGGACCAAGAGGUUCGAACAAGAAGGUCCAGGGGAGCAAUUUCUUGAUUCCCAAGUCGGGUCAAGCUAUCGGCGCAACCACACUUUAG